AUGUCAUUCGGAAGAAAGUUGAAGAGUUCUAAAGAGGACAAUGAUCCUUUCAUUUCAAUAAACCGAGAUAGACCUUUAAGAAUUGCACUUCUAGGCGGUAGAAAGUCCGGGAAGCUGAGUAUUGCAUCUAGAUUGAGCUCUGAUGUAACUUCCGACACAUACUACCCUACACACAAAACAAAUGCCCUUUUGUUUCAAUUUUUUCCACAUCAUCUAGAUUCAAGAGCAUUCUUGGACCCUACAGAGAUACAUUUGGAACAGUACACACGAAAUAGAGUGCAAGCAAACGAAUCGAAAGUUGACGAAGACAUAAUAUUGAAUUCUGUGCUUCGAGAUGUAGGUAAAAGCCGCACGUUGUCUAAAAAAGUUGGGGCCCUGACAAGGAACAAUGACAGUGGUGAAGGUGACUGGGAAAUAAAGAGUAAGACGGAAUUCUACAAAUGUCUUAGGAAACAGGGCGACCAGGAAAAGGGACCCCCUCAAAUUUCUCCCAUUCUCGUAGAAUUAAUAGACACUCCACCGUUCAAUCCGGAUCAAGUGGUACCCUUUCUUGAGAACUCCCUUUAUAUGAAGUUGGAUCCACAAAUUUUGAAAAACUUGGCAAACGAACCUUCCAAACCUGUACUGACUAACCCAUUGUUGGUUGCCAGUGGUGCUGGAGAAAUGAACGGUUAUGUUGAUGGGUACUUUUUUGUGUAUCUGGCUAUUCCCACAUAUAACCCACCUCUGUAUAAUGAGAGUGUGAGCAAGAAGGCAGAGGACGAGCCAAACAUGCCCCAAAAGAGCUCUAGUAAUACCAAUAGUAUUGCUGACAUGCUUGAAGUUUCACCUGGCGAUUCUACGUUCAAACUCCUAUUGACCAUUAAAGAUGCGCUUGGAGAAGCAUGGAAGGAAUACAAUAGCUACACAGCAAACUGGAAGCGAGGUGCCGAAAGCGAUAUUUUCCUGUUUAAAGGAGCAAUGAAGAAUAUGUGGGGCAAGAGCAGACCAGAAUCAAACUUACGGGAGGUGUAUACACUGGAGCCAAAUAACUCCAAAACUUUCUUGGAGAGUCCGCCAAUUUGGUUGAUUUGCACUCAUGUUGAUAGCGAAUUGGCACUGCCGCAGUUGAUUGAGAAUGGUAAGAAAUUGGCGAAGCUAUGGAAUAGUGGGUUUUUAGCGGUAGACUGCACGGAUGAAGAAGGCAAUGUGGAGCAAGCCUUGAGCUUGCUAAUAAGAGAGAUAGUCGAGAGAAAGCAAUAG